CUUUGGACGCGUCGGUGUUUACCUCAACCACCACUUGACUGACAGCUCACUGUCUCCAUCCUACACUUGAUUAUCCUUGUUCCUGCCCUCCAGUUGCACAGUUUCAAGUAAAGUUAUAAUGCAUCUUCAAAGCACCCUUCUGGGCUUUAUCGCCCUAACUACAGCUACUAACGUCCCAUCACCACAACACCUCUUCGCAAAUCCUUCGGUACCCGAGAAGUCCAACUACAAGAUUCCUACUGUCCAUGAAUCCGCCGUCCAAGCCCGCAGAAUCAUGCGCCUGGAGAACAUCGGCACACUCUCCACCAUUUUCCCCAACGCGCCUCACGCCACCGAGCAACGACCCUCUGAAGUGGCGGGCACGCCCAUAGGUCUCAUGGACUAUUUCGGUGACUGCGAACCUGAGUCCGGCAACCCGACCAUUCUCGCCAUCACCAUCGCCACAUCUUUCAAGAACGUCGACGCUGGGUCCAACAUCACGCUGAGCAUGCGCUGGCACCCUCAAGAUAAUAAGUGGCGCAGUCCCGCAUCGCUUCCGCGCUUCUCGCUCAUAGGCCAUUUGGAAGACAUUGAUAUGGAUGCUGUAGAGAAACUAGGCAUGACAGCUUGCUUUGUCAAGAAGCACCCCGAUGCUGCGUGGUGGCUUCCAGGCAACAGAAUUCAUGAGAGCAAGUGGGUAAGGCUGGUCGUUGACGAUAUUUACUGGAUCGGAGGUUUUGGAGACCGCGCAUACAUUGGCUGGAUUCCCAAGGAGGAGUGGUUCAGCGUUACCCAGGAUGAGAUUGAUGGCGUUCAGUUGCCGGGUGAGAAGAGCAGUGCUUGGGGUACCUUGAGCAGUUGGUUCGGCCUUGGUCAGCAAGAGCAGGGUUUAUUUGAGUUGUAGGGCUGUUGAUGAUUAAUGACUAGAUCAUACAUCGGACAUGAGAAGUUGGUGGAAAUCAAGGGCUCUGCUUAUGAUUCCCGUAGCAUGACGUUAUUUACGGACUCGAUAGUACACGAUUUGAUUGUUACCCGACAUGUCAUUCUGCCUCUACUUUCCUAAGUCUUCCGUACAUAUCGUCUGGAUUGCACCUGUUCCUAUCAACUACUCAGCAAUACUAUACUUGCCUACGACGUCUUCAUACUGUGUUGCCACCAGGCUCUCCGUUGAAAAUCGCGUCAUUAUAGAUUUUCAUAUCACUCGUUGCAUAAUAUCACCAUGCGGACUUCAGCAAAAAUGAAUUCUUUUUUUCGCAAUAUCGACAUGUAUUCUGUAUUUAUCUUAUGACUCCUCGCCGUUGUAUAAAUUUCUACCACAG